UUCUUAUCAUCCCCGUAUCAUUAUCAUAGGUUAACAAAUUCAUUUGAUCCCUAUAGUGCGAAGAAGUCAUUCUGAGUUAUAUCGCCACUCAUUAUGUGCUUUUUCAAUUCAUUUGUGUUUUUGCUAGUGUUUCAUUUGGCCAUCGGUCAGCAAGUUUAAGAUCCGUAUCAAUCCCGAAAUGCUCCAGAUGACUUUCGGCUUCAAGACGAUGACGAGCCAGCCUUCGUGGUUUCCGCCGAUCGAUUAGAUGAGAUCAGGUCCCAGAAGAUGUAUCCGUUCUUCGAUAAGGGUGGAAAUGAUGGAAAUGGCGAUUUCCAAUUGAAUAUCCGUGACACACAACCGCUUAUAAAUAAGCAAUUGAAUUUUCUACUACCCUUCAUGGGGUUCGGUUUCAACUACACUUGGCUGUCUUUGCACGGCUAUCUGUCGUUUUCUGAAUCUCCCAUCCAAUUCCCCGAAUACCCGCUUCAAUUUCCCAUCCGCGAUUGGCCGAGAGUCGAUGACCCUUCCUUUAUUGGCAUUUUUUACUCAAGAUGUAAGGUGGGACAGCUCAAUGGAAAUGAAAUGGAGGAGUAUGCUAAAAAGCGCCCAGGAGUCUACUUUAGACUUGAGCGCGAUCUGUAUACCAGAAAAGAUCAGUUUGGAGUUGAAAUUCGGGAACGAGCCAAGUGGGAUAUUCGUCAGGGAAUGGUUGGUGCGGAAACUUUUGAACCAAAACACGUCAUCAUUUCCACUUGGAAGAAUGUUUCAUUUGGCGGAGGCAUUCCGACAGCCAGACGGAUCACAAAUACCUUUCAAUCCGUUAUCGUUACUGACGAGGUUCGAACUUAUGCCAUAUUUAUAUACGAAUGGAUGGGAUGGACAACUCACACAGAGGCCGGCGGGGACACAACCCAAGGUCAAGGUGGAGUUCCAGCUUUUGUGGGUUUUAACGCUGGAAAUGGAACCAAAUCGUACGAAUACCUGCCGUAUUCUCAAACCACUUACAUCAGAGAUCUCCCCGGAACUGGAGGGGCCAACGGGUUUCCGGGUCGGCACAUCUUUCGCAUUGACGAGAAAAUUCUGCCGGGAGUGUGUAUUCGGGAUCUAAUUGGAACAAACCUGCCUUUGACGUUCGCGCCAGAAAAUGGCCACAUGUUGGGCGGGGCCAUGGUCAACAUGACUGGUCCAUGUUUUCAGCUAAAUAUGCGACUGACGUGCAGAUUUAACACCAAAGAUAGUGAAGGUGUGGUCCUAAACCAAAACAGGGCCUCCUGCAUCAUGCCAUGGACGGAAGCCGAGGGAUGGGUGGAUUUUGAAAUCAGCUUGAAUGGAGGUCCCUUCUAUUGGAAAGGACGAAUCUAUGUCGAGCCCCCAAACGUGUCUCCGGCUUUGGUUUGGUUCGACGAUGAACAGUUUCAUCUCACAGACCCGAAAGAUAUGACCUUGAUGUGGGACCCUUACAAUCUAACCAUGAACACCGAGGCAAAAGUCACUAUUUCACUUUGGGGUUACAAGGAAAAUAACAUUGAGCCGGAAUUGAUGUACAUCGACGUUCUCGAAACCAGUGAAACCAACGAUGGCAAAAUAAUGAUAUCUCCGAAGUCUUUUCAAGACCGUGACAAUGGCGAAGAGCUCAGAGAAUGCAAGAUGGGCUUUAUUAAGAUCAACCUGACCAAUCCCAUUCAGGAAGUGGGAAUGAAAAAUUCGCCAGCAAUUUGGAGCAGGCCUAUGCCUUUGGGUUGGUAUUUUUCCGACCAAUGGCGAAGAUAUGAGGGAAACGAUUGGGUUCAAAAAAUGUGCGAUAGAUGGAUCGCCAAAGAUCGCCUGCUAAAGAAUUUCGCCAAUGAACUUCCCAUGUGCCCAUGCCUUUUGCGACAAGCCAACGUUGACCGGGGGCGAUAUGCACCAGACUUUGAAUGCGAUCAAGACGGAAAUACCCAAUGUUUUUAUCAUCAAGGAGCUCAACACUGCGUCGUUUCUGGAAUCCCCAACUAUGAUGGAUCCGGACAACAAUGUUGUUAUGAUCUAGCCGGUUAUCUAAUGUUAUCGUCAGAUAACAAAUGGGGUGGAAAGCCGUUGCGUCACCACAAUCUUGGCUUGCUUCCGUGGAACGAGGCCAACAAGAUCCCGACUUUGUCUCAUUGGCUGGCUGAUAUCAUGCCCUUUUAUCCGUGUUGUCUCUGGCAAGAUGAGCAGUCCAGCGGAUGUCAAAACUAUCGAUUCGAAAGACGAAGCUCACAAGACUGUGUGGGCUAUCAGCCUCCGGGCGGAGGGACGGUCUUUGGCGAUCCCCAUGUUUAUACCUUUGAUGGAUUCAAGUUCACUUUCAAUGGUAAGGGAGAGUAUGUGCUCGUUCGGGCCAAUUCCCCCCGAGUGAAGCUGGACGUGCAAGGUCGAUUUGAACAAGUCAAGGACUCUCCGUAUGGCGAGGUCAUGGCCACCAUGUUGACCGCCGUGGCUGCUAAGGACAAUGUCUCGGCCACAGUCGAGGUUCGUCUCCGCCCUGAGUAUGCCCAGUGGCGGUACAAACUUGACGUUUUGGUGGAUUCCCAACCCAUCUACUUUGAUCGAUAUCCGCAAAAGAUUCAACAUUUCCCGGGAGUCACAGUCUAUACACCAAGUCAGAUUUUGAAUCAAAGUCACGUCGUCAUUAUGUUUCAAUCCGGAGCCGGUGUUGAGGUCCUAGAAAACAAACACUAUAUGGCUGUUCGAGUCUAUAUGCCUUGGGAAUUUAUAAAUCAAACCCGAGGGCUCAUGGGCAAUUGGACAUUCGACCAAGAUGAUGAUUUCACUCUCCCCGAUGGAUCCACUAAAACUGUGUCGGAGUCACUGAGCCUGGACACUAUCCAUAGCUCUUUUGGCAACUUGUGGGUGGUUCAUGACAAGGAAACGGAGGGAAUCGGCAAAUCCCUAUUCACGCACAGCAAUGGCAUGUCUUCCAAUUCAUAUUAUGAAUCAAAGUUUGAACCUAAUUUUGAGGAAGAGCCCGAGAUCCCCGAAAAUGUGACGUGGGUGGACAAGAAUUUGGUUGAAGCCACUUGUGGCGAGUCCUUGGAAUGUCAGUAUGACUAUUCUGUGACGUUGAGCCGGGAAUUUGCCAUCUUCACCAAAUACUACCAAGAUCAAUUCAUCAACAUAAGGGAAGGGGUCUUGAAACCAGAAGCUAGAGUGAUUUCAUGUGGCGCGUUAGCGACUCCGGCAAAUGGGAGAAAGAGCACAUUCGCCUUCACACCGGGCACUAUGGUGAAAUUUGAUUGUGAUCCUGAUUACGUUUUGGUUGGUGAGAGAAGGCGAUGGUGUUACGACAGUGGCGACUGGAAUUGGGCCGAAAAUGGCGAGGCUCAGUGCAUUCCUCAAUCCCAGUACAACUCUCAAAGGGCAGGAAUCACCACUGCGAUUGUCCUGGCUGUUCUCGUUCCUUUGGGUCUUAUUGGCUUCUACAUUGUAGUGAAACUACGGCAAAAUGCCCAAUACUAGUUAGUGCUGCUGCAGCUGUAGCUCAUUCAGCAAUAGUUGUAGUGUAAGAAAACAAAGUAUUCACGACUUCCAAACUCUUUAAUUCUGUUGUUGAGAUCAUUGCUAUAUUCAAUACACAUGCUUUAAAAUUA